AAACCUGGAUCCGGGACGAUCCGGGGCUGAGAACGCCCCGAGUGUAAACACUGGCCACACGUGUCUCCCAGGGCUCCCGGGACCAGUCUCAGGAACAGGAACAGUCACAGGAAACGUCGCCGCCCUAAACAUCUACAAGCACCACCUUUACGCAACCUGCAAACACAAUAAAGAAGAAAGGAAAAACCUUAAUAACAAACGCAUCGCGAAGGAGGGCAACAGGAUUGCAGGAAACAAUAAAGGAAAUUGUGGGGUAAUAUGGAUGAGCUUCCCGGGCAAUGUAACUAUCUGUCCCUUGGAGCAGCUAGGAUCCAAGAAAUCAAAGCCAUCAUUUCAAAGCUAGAUAAAUGUGAACAUGGCGGUCGGGCUUUCCAAAAUCUGCCACGUCAUAUGCAGAGAAGAGCAGUGUCAUCGCAUCCAAAGCGCUUGCCAAGAUAUCUUCAAGAAAGACACAAAAGAGAAGGAGGUGCAAAUGUUAAGCCUAGUCACCGUCCUAGAAGAAAGUAUCGUCGCCGACCAUUCAAUUUGUUGGCCGAGUACAACCGACGUCAGAAGGAAUUUGUGUGGUUAGAAACUCACAUAUGGCAUGCCAAGCGCUUCCACAUGAAAAGACUGUGGGGUUAUGCACUUCCAGAAAGUCCUACAUUCAAAGGCUACAGGGCAACCCUACGAGCAGCCACACAGUCCUGUCUUCUCCAGGAUGUGUCUUACUUGUGUUGCAUAGAGUUAAAAGGCCCAAGAACAUCUCUAGUAGCUGGUUUGUCGUGUAUAAUGCAGCCAUCAAGUUUGGUUUUAGUCACCUCUUCACAGGUCCAGCAUGGUCAGAGUUGGACAUCUGUGAUGCUCUUUGAGCCUGGAAGACAGCCGUACGGUGCUCUUGGUGAUGUAGAUAUUUUAUGGCAUCCUACAUCCUCUGAUAUGCCAGAGUGUCAGUCGAAGAAUUCGGCAGUUUGGAUUUGGGUUCACCCAUCUGUUCAUAGUCAAGUUGUAGGCGUCUUAGCACAAGUUUUUCAAUUACUUAAAAUUACGAAUGUAUCUGAAAUUGUUUCAAGAACUGAAAAUUCAAGCUGUGAUAGAAGCAAUGGGAAUGAGGUUGAGUUAAUGGAAGAGGAAGCUGUAGCUGAAACAGGCAAAAUGCUGGAAAAUGUUAGUAGUGAUAAUGUACAAAGUGAAUUACUACCGUCGCCAAAUAAUGAAACGCCUAAAGAAAAGAAUGAGAAAGUUACUGAUGAUUCCAUUAAGGAUCUUAAUAGCAUCAAGGAUGUAAAGCCAGGAAGUGUUACCAAGUUAAAACUUGAAGGGAAGAAUGUCCCCUUUGAACGAACUCCUAAAUAUGCUUCUAAUGAUAAGACUGUGACAAUGACAUUGCUUAAGGACACAAUAAAUAGAUUUCAGCUCACUGGACCCAAAUCUUUCUCUGUCUUAAUGGCUGCACUCUCUCCUGCCAACAUAGCACCUGAAAUUGAAGACAUUGAUGUUGACUCAUCAGAUAAAAGUCAAGACUCUUUGCAUUCUUGGUGGCAACAAUAUUACCACGAUGAAGUCAGAUUACUAUGUCACCAACAACAAGUAAGUGCUUGGAAGAAAUUGGCCUCCUCUCCCCAACCAACACAAGUGGUCUUACCAUUGACAGUUCGAGACCCCAGAGUAACUUUGCCACACAAAAAGAUACCUAUUGCUGCUGUUACAUCUGAACAAACAGAGAAGGUAGAGCAUCCAGACUGGCCAGCAUUCAGUCCGCUGUAUGACAGUAAAGUGAGAGAUAUAGUAUCACAGUCUAAGGAGCCUGACGCCCUCAUCAAUAAACGCAGAUCACAACUUUUAGUACCUGGCUCGGAUAUACCUGAAAGCAUAGAAGAGAUGCGGCUCCCAGUUCUUCUGCUUUCAAGACCACCCACCUCAAGAAAACAAGGUAGCGGUUGGGAUGUUGUAGUGGCUGCAGGUUGGGGCAUGAGUGUUUGGAUGCCACUAAUUUUCUGUGGUGCUGCUGUAGGGGGUCAGCAGGAAUCGGAAAAUCUGAAUAUGGAAAUACUCUCUCCUCUACCUCCUCAUCUUUUGCCAGACACACCAGCUGGGAACUACUAUUCAGCAUGGCUCGGAAAGCAGAAACGUACUCAGUUCUUUAAAAGGCCUCCUGCAAAUAGAUAUAAUUUCAUAAAAUUGGGUGUUCAGUAUCCAUUCUGUGCACCAUGGAGAAAGCUUUUGCAAGAAUGGGAACCUGGUACCCAAGAUAUCUAUGUUCUCAGAGACAUAAGGCUUGUGAAUGGGUUAUGUCACAUGAUUGGGGAUGCCAUUAAAAAGUUCAGGAAACGUGCAUCUAAGAGAAAGGCAACUAACAACUUGGAAGAUAUUCCUCACAAGAAGUUGCAGACAUGUAAAUCUGAGGGAAAUAUUUAUGAUUUGAGUGUUUUUUCUAGUGAUGAUGGUGCAAGUAAAGAUUCAGAAGUUAUUAAGAAACCCUUAACUGAAUCCCACAAUUACAGUGAACAAUUCCAUGAAUUGCUUUCACAACGCUGCAGUCUUGAGGAAUUUCAAAAACUGAAUUAUGGCUGCUUGGUAACAGUGAAGCUAAUAUUGCAAUAUAAAGGAAUUCUUGAACCAUAUGCCAUGAUCUGCCUUCCACAUGAAGAUGAUAUAGAAGCUAGAGACAAGUUAAUGAUGCCAACUAAUAAGAAGGAAAGCAUCUUAGAGUUCCCACACGAUGAUACGCAAGUUGACAAGAGAACUAAACUGAAGGAGGAACAUGCCAAAAUUAAGGGAAGACUCCAACGUUUGAGGCGUAAAGCGAAGUUAAAACUGACGAUGGAAAAAGACAUAGUUGCCAUGGCAGGAAGCAGCGGGAGUAUGGAAAAGGCAACUACUGAUGCACUUAUUAAAGUGAAUGAAGAAAAUAAGGUGAUCCUUGCCAAAUACUCUUCAUUCCAAGAAGAGAUGGAAAAUGCAUGGUUAAUGGAAACGAAUAAGCCAUUACAGUGCUGUUCACGCAAGAUAAUGGGUUACGUUAUAAAUGGUAACUUUUGCCAAACUUUAGGAAGAGGUGCAGGUAUUGGUUGGGUUGCUCUUAAACCACUUUUAGAAUUUUUUCAAGUAUGUAAAAAAAUAAAUGAAAAAUUUGUUGAAAGUAAUAAUGACUCAGAAACUCAUGAUAGAAUCAGAAUAGAUAAUGAAUUCCAAAUAGACAACAAAUGGAAGUAUUCAGUGUUAGUAAGGAAUCCAUCUGGUCUACAAUACCACUGGGCAAAACUCUUAAUAGUUAACCACUAACAGUGAGAUAAGAUGAUUGGUUCUUAGUAUCGCAUCUUUAAAUAUUAAAUAAAACAUUAAAAAUGUUUUAAAGAAACCUCUUUACUGAAAAUGUCUUACAGAAAUGUAUAAUUCCUUUGAAUGAGGAUUAAGAAUUUAUUGUACAGUAUCUUAAAUUAAUGUUAAAUGUAAAGAGAGAGUAGGUGGAGCAUCUGACUUAAUAAACACAACUUGAAUUUUG